UUCAAACUUAUUAAGAAGCUUCACUUCUCAAGCUCCUCUUGUGAAGUUUUCCAUUCCAAAAAUGGCUCGUUCAAUAGCUAAUUUUCUUGUACUUAGUGCAAUAAUUGUUGUACUUAUUCAAUUAACACAAGCUGAAGUACAAGGUUCAUUUGAUGAUAAUUUUAGUAAAAGUUGUCCAGAAACUCAUUUCAAAACUUCUGAAGAUGGACAGAUCUGGUAUUUAUCAUUGGACAAGAAAGCAGGAUGUGGAUUUAUGACAAGGCAAAAAUACAGAUUUGGGUGGUUCAGCAUGAAAUUGAAAUUGGUGGGAGGUGAUUCUGCUGGUGUUGUCACUGCUUACUAUAUGUGCACAGAAGAUGGAGCAGGACCAACAAGAGAUGAAUUAGAUUUUGAGUUUUUGGGAAAUAGGACAGGUGAACCUUAUCUUAUACAAACAAAUGUAUACAAAAAUGGAACUGGUAAUCGUGAGAUGAGACAUGUUCUAUGGUUUGAUCCAACUGAGGAUUUUCACACUUAUUCAAUUCUUUGGAACACUCACCAAAUUGUGUUUUUCGUGGAUAGGGUACCGAUAAGGGUAUACAAAAACGCGAAUUAUACGAACAAUUUCUUCCCAAAUGAGAAGCCAAUGUACUUAUUUUCAAGUAUAUGGAAUGCAGAUGAUUGGGCUACAAGAGGUGGCUUAGAGAAAACAAAUUGGAAAAAUCAACCAUUUGUUUCAAGUUACAAAGAUUUUAGUGUUGAUGGUUGUCAAUGGGAAGAUCCAUAUCCAUCUUGUGUUUCAACAACAACAAAAAAUUGGUGGGAUCAAUAUGAUUCUUGGCAUUUAUCAAGUUCACAAAAAUUGGAUUAUGCUUGGGUACAAAGAAAUCUUGUAAUUUAUGACUAUUGUCAAGAUAGUGAGAGAUUUCCCAAAAAACCUGAGGAGUGUUGGUUAAAUCCAUGGGAAUAAUAAAAUUGAGAUAAACAUCCAGUAACCCCCCGAACUAUGACCAAAGUUUCUACGACACACUUCAAUUUCACAGGGUUCUAUUACCCUAAACUCAAGUUUAGCGUUUUUUUGUCACCUUUUUGUGCUGAUGCGACACGUUUAUUACAUAAAAUGGGGCCACGUCAAAGGUGCCAUGUCGGCUAAAAAGAAUGACAAAAGUAUGCUAAAGUUUAGUUCAAUGGGGUAAUAGGACCCUCGUGAAGUUGGAGUGCGUCGUAGCAAAUUUGGUCAUAGUUCAAGGAGGUACUCGAUGCUUUACUCAAUAAAAUUUGAAGAUAAAAAGAGAAAAGGAUAGCUCGAUGUAUUAAAACUCACGCUUUACGCGACGUUCAGAAGGGUAAGAGUCUAUUAUGAGAGAAUGGAGUUAUUUUGAUUUUUUUGGAUGUUGAGUGUAUAUGGCUUGUAUGAUUUUUGUAUUGUAUUAUUGAAUUUAUUAUUAUAUUAUUGAAGACUUCAUUUUUUUUUUU